AUGGGGGGCGAGGCAUGCAAUAUAACAAUUCAAACAGUUUAUAAAGUUGUACCAGACGAAAUUGAACAUAUACAAUCGAUGAUUACACAAUGGACCCAUUCAAAAUUUAAAUUAAUUUUAACAACUGGUGGUACAGGUUUUACACCACGUGACGUUACACCUGAAGCUAUCAAACCAUUAUUAAAUCGUAGAACCAAAGGUAUUGAAAUAGCAAUGUUAAAAAAGAGUUUAGAAAUUACAUCUCAUGCAAUGUUAAGUAGACCAGUAGCAGGUAUUCGUGAUCAAACUUUAAUUAUAACCUUACCAGGUAGUGUCAAAGCAAUUAGAGAAAAUUUAGGUGUAGUUUUACCAGCAAUUCCACAUGCUAUUGGUUUAAUUUGUUCAAAUCCUUAUUCUUCUUCAGUUGAUGCCCAUAGGGCAAGAGAUUUAAUUACUGCACCACAAGCACAACCUCAUCCACAAUCAAUUACUUCGACAAUGGAUGGUGAACAACAACAAGGUCACGGUCAUAGUCAUGGUCAUGGCCAUAGUCACGGCCACGGUCAUAGCCAUGGUCAUCAUUCAUGUGGUGGAUCUGGUAAAAGAGGUUCGAAAUAUGUAAUGACACCAGUAGAAGAGGCAAUUAAUAUUAUAUUGGAACAAUCUAAUCUUUUAAAAUUAAAAAUUGAAAGUGUCGAUAUUGCAAAAUCAUUGGGUAGAAUUAUUGCAGAAGAUAUUACAUCAAAAGACCCAUUCCCAACAUUUAGAGCAUCCAUUAAAGAUGGCUAUGCAGUAAGAUCAAAAGAUGGUAUUGGUCAUUAUAAACUCUUGGGUGAUUCGGUAGCAGGAGGUUCAAAUUAUAGCAAAGAAACAAAUGAUGAAGAAAAACAUUGUGUACGUAUUACAACAGGUGCAAUGGUUCCAGAUAUCUAUGAUGCAGUAGUAAUGGUUGAAGAAACAGAAAUUAUUAAAGAAAAUGUAGUAUCAAUCGAAGUUUCAGUUAGACCCGGCCAAGAUAUAAGACCAAUUGGAAGCGAUAUUCCACAAGGUACUGUAGUAUUAAAAAAAGGUGAUAAAAUGGGAUGUUCUGAAAUUGGACUUUUGGCUACUCUUGGUAUUCAAACAGUACAGUGCUAUGGUUUACCAAAAAUUUCAAUCAUUUCAACUGGUGAUGAAUUGGUAGAUUAUAAAAAACAAGGAGAAUUAGAGGCAGGUAUUAUUCGUGAUAGUAAUACACCAACACUCGAAGCUAUUAUUAAAGAGAUAUCAAAUCAUUUUGGUGAAUGUGCAUCAAGAGAUCAAAUUAAUUUGGUUGGCAUCGUUGGAGAUAAAUUAGAAGAUUUAGAAUCUACAUUUGUUGAAGAGUCUAAAAAUUCAGAUAUUAUUAUAACUAGCGGGGGUGUAUCAAUGGGUCAAUUAGAUUUGGUUAAACCAUUACUUGAAAAAAUGGGUAAAGUACAUUUUGGUAGAGUUAAUAUGAAACCAGGCAAACCUUUAACUUUUUCAACUAUUACAAGUGAUGAAAAGACAACACUAGUCUUCUCGUUGCCAGGAAAUCCAGUAAGUUCGGUUGUAUGCUUUUACUUGUUUGUAGUUCCAGCACUCCGUAGAAUUUCAGGUUUCUCAAAUACAAAUUUACCUCAAGUCGAAGUUAAACUUUUAGAUCGUAUUCAAAUGGAUCCUGAAAGACCAGAGUAUCACAGAUGUUAUAUUGAAUGGGAUUUUAAUGAACAUUGCUUUGUUUCAAAAAGUACUGGUUCACAAGCAAGUUGUCGUUUAUUAAGCUUAAAACAAGCCAAUGCAUUAUUGGUAUUACCACAAAAAGAAGGUUAUUUAGAAAAAGGUACAAUGGUUAAAUCAAUUUUAAUCGGUCCGCUUUCUAAUUAA